AAGCUCUCACAGUGUCUGCUGAUAGUCCAAAAACAACACGUGAAGAUCAUUCAAACGGUGCUGUUUACGUUUCCCGCAAGAGCACUGGAGCCCUAUGGGAAUAGAUCUGCUAAGUUGCAACGUUCCGUAAUCCUUCGCAUCCUCGUGACGUUAUUCGAUGAGAGUAAAAUGGUCUAGCGAAACAAAACAAACAACGCCGUCGUCGGGUCGCAAUACUACAGGGGAUCUUCGUGAAUGAACCUCCUAAGAUAGUGGUGCGUGCAUCGCCCGGGACUCAAGGGGCCGGAUGGUGGUGGGAGAACGAUAGUUCAUCUAAUUAAAUUAAACCAGUCAAUCGCUGCGGAAGGGCCUCCUUGCCCUCGAAUCGGAUCCCCGAGGCAAUAGCAUGAACUCCAAGCCAGCAGUACCACCACCAAAUGGUGCUGUCCAGCAGCCGCACAUUCCGUACAAUAUUGACUGGAUUUUCCCACGGCUUCGUCGACCAAACCGAUUGUGGCACAUUGCCAGUACUGGAGUAAUUGGACUGGUGGGAUUGUUGUCCAAAAUUGUCAUCGUAUGGCUGAACAAAGCGCGUGUACACAACAUCGAAGUCCUGGAGAAUGCACUUGAAAAGCGGCCAAAAGGAACACCUCUGCUAACGGUAUCCAACCAUCAUUCAUGCUUCGAUGAUCCGGGCAUUUGGGGGUUACUUAAGCUGCGAAAUGUGUGCAAUAGAAACGUUAUACGGUGGUCAAUGGCUGCACAUGAUAUUUGCUUUACCAACAAAGCCCAUUCGUUAUUCUUCAUGUACGGAAAAUGCAUCCCGGUUGUUCGUGGAGCCGGUGUUUACCAGCCGGCAGUCGAUCUAUGCAUAGAGAAACUUAAACUGGGUCACUGGGUGCACGUAUUUCCCGAGGGAAAAGUUAACAUGACAAAGGAGGACCUCAGAUUCAAGUGGGGUGUCGGCCGAAUAAUUUAUGAAACACCCAUGUUACCUAUCAUUAUUCCGAUUUGGCACAUCGGUAUGGAUGACGUUCUUCCAAAUGAACCUCCUUACUAUCUUCGCAUGGGAAAGAAAUUAACGUACAACUUUGGGAAACCAAUCGAUUUGGCCAAUUUAAUGGAAAGGUUACGUUCAUCGCCGGUUAAUGAGGAGGAAGCGAGAAAAAUCAUCACCGAUAAAAUCCAAGAAGAAAUGAUGACACUCAAAGAAGAAACUGAACGAUUACACAAUGAACACAUCAAAAGUUGAGCCUGUAGGUGACUGCAAGGAGAACGGACCAAUCCACGACAUGCCUCAAUGUUCACCAUCAAAGUCUUCAUUAUAAGAGUUGAAUUAGGAAGCGUUUUUCGGAAAUUAUUGACGAUUCUACGCUUACGUCACUUGAGAGUUGCUUUUUCGACAUCGUGCGCCGAUAAAGCCAUUAGCAUAGCUCUUGUUAAUUCCAUUCAGCAUUGAAUUGCAUUUGCGUAUUAGAUGAAUGAAAACACGGCUAUCGAAGGACCAUAAUGAAUUAUGGCGUUGGUUAGUGUUCUAGUCAUGUAGUGGAAACGAAAAGAUGCUAAACUAUCGUUUUGUCGAAAGAGACAAAAGGUUUGUUAUAUUUAUUAGAAGAAAACAACGUACUUCUACAGACAAUAUGCAAACGUGGAUGGAUGGGAACCAUAGUGUGUGCUGGUUUGUUGCUCGGCACGUGCGAUAUGCUUAUACACAAUCUGCUGAACUCCAGAAACCCGAGCCAAUCGUCGUGGCAUCGCUGAUAAGAUGAACCUGAUAUGGCGUCCAUGAUGAUUAUUUGUCUGUUAUAUUAUUCCUAAUAACUGUUUAAUGUAAGGUGGACGGUAGGAGCUACAUUUAUAUUUUUCGACUUAACCUAGCAGAAUGAAGGCUCCUAAGGCGGUAUCAAUUUCUUAAACAUUAAUAGUUUUGAAAAUAAUAGGCAAUACAAAUUCUUGCUUUAAAUAAAUGGUAAAUGAUUUAUAUCGGA